CGAGCGGUUUGCACAUGGCACAGGUGCGCUUAGUCGUCGAGUAAUCCGCCUGAUCGAUCGACCGCUCGGCUCUCCGUCGCUGCUGAAUUCGGUUUCGGUUUCGGUCCACGUUAUCUUGCGCCAGAUCUGUCAUUUACCGUUUCCCAGUCAGAUCUGUGCAAAGUGCACAAAAACACGGCACCUCUUAGUGCUAACUGAAUCUCCAGAAAUCCAAGAAAGUUGACAAAACCCAGUGAAGUGCAAUCAAUAAUCCAAGGCAAUCCCUUUCCAGGGCAAAGCCUUUUUCAACUGGCAGAGUGCUCCUUCUUUGGGCCAAGUGAAUUUAUGCAACAACUCGCGGAACGUUCAAUUAUGCUAAGCGCAUGGGAUAAGCCAAAUGGCUAAGUGAGGAAUACCACGAUCUUAACCGCCUACAACCAACAAACUUAAAGACAGCUAAAAACUAAAAGCAAAGCAAAUAAAUUUUCAUAGAAAAGUGUAUAAAAAACUACAAACAAGUAAUUAAAAUUCCAAAGGAAACCAAAUUUAUAUUCCGAAAAACAAAAGCCACCAAAAAAGCAGCUACAAGGCCAGAAUGUCAUUGCUAACAAGAAGAGGCAACGAGAACUGAAAAUAAUUACGGGCCAAGAACAAUAAUAAUAAGCAACAUGAGCAGCCUGUCAGCUGGAAUAGGCCCAGGAGGAGGAGGGUCAGGGGUAGCCGAUGCUACUGCUACUACUGCUGCUGCUGGACAGGCAACAGUAACGGCCACUGGCAACAUGGAGCCGGCGAUGGUGCCACGUACCGCCAAUUUGCUGGCAUGCAAACAAUGGUGGCGCGUCUGCUUUUUGUACGGGGACCAGCAGAAAUAUUAUCGACAGCUCUAUAGCAAGGCGGCGGCCCAGCGGCUGGCGGACGCUAAUCAGGACCCCGACAAUGGCCGAGAUCGGGACUACGACACCGUGGACUGCGAUCUUAUCGCCGGGCAAUUAGAUGCCGCCGAGGAUGCGGACGAUGGCAUCGAUCUGGGCGAUCACUCGGGGACUCCGAAGGGAGCAGCGGCGCCGGCGGGUCGUCCGCUCUUUCCACUCUCCUCCUCCCCGCGUCGCAGCAAGAAACUCCUGCGAUCCCUGCGAGCCCAUGUUCGCGGAGAGAAGCCAGCCAAGCCCGCCACAACUGCGGCUAAUGAGUCCAGCGAGAUGACCCAGAGGAAUGCCAGGGUAACCGUCCUCGAUGAUCCCUUUCUCUUCGGCAUCGACGCCGAUCACCUGGGCGAUCUGGUGGUAAGGGGCAAAAGGUAUAGUUCGCUGGAUGCCACCGAGAACAUGGCCAAGUUCUACGGGGAACAGGAGGCCACCGCCCAGGUACUCGAGAUCAUUGAGCAAGAGGAGGAACAGCCAGAGCAGGAAGCACCAAAGCCUGCGCUGCCGCCCAAGCAGAAGCAGCAGCGUCCUGUUCCGCCACUCCCACCACCACCGGUGAAUCGGAGCAGCCAAGUCCAGGACCUGCAACCUGCAACACCACAAGUGCCCCUUCAACCCCUGACCGCCGGCGAUCUUCAGUUUCUGAACUUGAGCCUGCGGCAACGGAGUUUACCGCGCAGCAUGAAGCCGUUUAAGGAUGCCCACGAUAUCAGUUUCACUUUCAACGAACUGGACACGAGCGCCGCACCGGAAGCGGCCACAGGAGCCGCCCAGCAGGAGUCAAAUGAGCCCAUCAGCCGGACGCCGCUAACGCAAAUCUCCUAUCUGCAGAAGAUCCCCACGCUGCCGCGCCACUUCUCGCCCAGUGGGCAGGGCCUGGCCACGCCACCCGCCCUCGGCAACAGCAGCCUGGGUCUGCCCAGCAGCUCUUCCGCCAGCGCCCUCUAUGCGGCCCAGACCGCAGCCGGAAUCUUGCCCACCUCCCCGCUGCCCCUGCAGCGCCACCAGCAGUACUUGCCGCCGCACCACCAACAGCUCCCGGGAGCGGGAAUGGGUAUGGGCAUGGGACCAGGACCGGGAACUGCAGGUGGACCGCCCCUUGGCCCUCAGUAUUCACCAGGCUGUUCCACGAACCCCAAGUACUCGAAUGCCCAGCUCCCGCCACCGCCGCACCACCACCACCAGCUUUCGCCGGCUCUUUCCACUCCGUCGCCACCCUCGCUGGUUCAUCACCCCGCAGGUGGCACUUCCUCCGCCUCGGCACACGCUCCUUUCCUGGGCGGACCGCACAUGGACAUGCAGCGCCAGUCGCACUCGGACGAUGACAGCGGCUGUGCUCUGGAGGAGUACACCUGGGUGCCACCCGGACUGCGGCCUGAUCAGGUUCGCUUGUACUUCUCGCAAAUUCCCGACGACAAAGUGCCAUACGUCAACAGUCCGGGGGAGCAGUAUCGUGUGCGACAAUUGCUGCAUCAACUUCCGCCGCAUGAUAACGAGGUUCGUUACUGUCACUCAUUGACGGAUGAGGAGCGCAAGGAGCUGCGGCUCUUUUCGACGCAGCGCAAACGCGAUGCCCUGGGCCGCGGCAACGUGCGGCAGCUGAUGAGUGCCCGACCCUGCGAUGGAUGCGACGAACUUAUCUCCACCGGCGACAUUGCCGUGUUCGCCACGCGACUGGGUCCGAAUGCCAGCUGGCAUCCGGCGUGCUUCGCCUGCUGCGUCUGCCGUGAGCUUCUUGUGGACCUCAUCUACUUCCACCGGGAUGGACGCAUGUAUUGUGGACGUCACCAUGCUGAGACCCUAAAGCCCCGCUGCUCGGCCUGCGAUGAGAUCAUCCUGGCGGACGAGUGCACGGAGGCUGAGGGCAGAGCCUGGCACAUGAACCACUUUGCGUGCCACGAAUGUGACAAGCAGCUGGGCGGCCAGCGGUACAUCAUGAGGGAAGGCAAACCGUACUGUCUGCACUGCUUCGACGCGAUGUUCGCCGAGUACUGCGACUAUUGUGGAGAGGCCAUUGGCGUGGACCAGGGCCAGAUGAGCCAUGACGGCCAGCACUGGCAUGCGACGGACGAGUGCUUCUCGUGCAACACGUGUCGCUGCUCGCUGCUGGGACGCGCAUUCUUGCCCCGACGUGGGGCUAUCUACUGUUCCAUUGCCUGUAGUAAGGGAGAACCACCUACGCCUUCGGACAGUUCCGGCACCGGAAUGUAUACCACGCCCACUCCGCCCACGCAGCGUGUGCGCCCCCAUCCACAGGCGCCUCUGCCAGCUCGUAUUCCCAGCAGCCACGCCUCCAGCUCGCCGCCCAUGUCGCCGCAGCAACAGCAACAGCACCAGGCAUCCUUCAACCAGGCCAUGUACCAGAUGCAGAGCCAGCAGCUGGAGGCGGCGGGCGGAGGAGUACUGAUGGAGCAGGGAAAGAGCUAUGCAACUUCGGACUCGGAUGCGGGCGUGGUUAAGGAUAUGGAGCCCGGCAGCCAUAUGGGCGGAGGAGAUCUAACGGACUUUUCGGGAGGUCGCGCUUCCAGCACAUCGCAGAACCUAUCGCCUCUGAACUCACCCGGCGACUUCCAGCCACACUUUCUGCCCAAACCCAUGGAACUCCAACGCGACGGAGUCUACAACUUCAACGAGAUGUCCUCGAACCUGGAUGCAGCCUGGCCAGCGAAGCCCACAAACAGCUACCAACUGCAGAGGCAGCUUCUGGAGAACCCGCACACCGCCAGCAUGCCGGAACUGGCUGGGAAAAUGUUGGGGCCACCCGGUCACCUGCAGCACCUCUCCCAGCUGCACGCCGUUUCCUCCCAGCAGUUCCAGCAGCACGAGUACGCGGACAUCCUGCAUCCACCGCCUCCGCCACCAGGCGAUAUUCCUGAACUCCCCACUCCCAAUCUAAGUGUGGCCUCCACGGCCUUGCCUCCCGAACUGAUGGGUUCUCCCACCCACUCGGCGGGUGAAAGGUCCUUGAACACACCUCUAUCCACGCAGUCGGCCACCCACGGUCCUCCGCAUCCAGUUUCCAUACUCAGUGGUGCCUCCUCCUCCUCGCCGAUGAGCGGAGAGCCGGGCAAGAAGAAGGGCGUGCGUUUCGAGGGAAUUCCAGAUACUCUGCCGCGAUCGAGAAGCUACUCGGGCAAUGGAGCAGGAACGAGUGGAGGCGGUGAAAGAGAGCGAGACAGGGACAAGGACAAAGAGGGGGGCGGUCGUCAUGGUCAUGGUCACUCCUCCCGAAGGAGAAGGCGACGCAAGUCCUCCAGCACGUCCCACCAUCGCAGCGGCAGCGGGCAUCGCUCACACUCGACCACUCGGGCGGACACCUAUGCGCCUGCGCAGCCCCUUUCCUCCUCCUACCAAGGUCCGCCCUCGGUACUCCAAGCUGCUAGCCUGGCCCAAGAAUCGCCCAAUCGGCAGCAGAGCGGGAGGGAAAGGGAGAGGGAACGCGAGGAGUCCGAGGAGUCGGACGUCUGCUCCACCUGCUCCUCGAGCUCCUCCAGCUCGGAGGACUACAUGAUGAUGUACCAGCUGCCGCAGAGGCGCCACUACGGCGGCGUGCGCGUGAGCUAUGUGCCCAACGAUGCACUGGCGUACGAUCGGAAGAGGAAGCCCAGCGAGAUGGGCGGCGACAAGGACAAGAACUGCAUUAUCUCGUGAUGCCGCCCGCCGGAGGGUGUACCAAUCAGAGUCCAGCCACGAAGGCAGUUCCAGAUCCAAAUGCAGAUGCAGAUGCAAAUCCAGAUGUUAUUAAUGUGGCGCCAUGGGCAACUCCAACUCGUGGCUAACGAAGUGGCCCAGAACGCUCGCGGGAAUCAUCAAUUCCUCGGAACGGAGGCAACUGCCACACCACAAAGCAAAAUAAAGUUCAACUUGACAUUAAGGCGCCUAGUUAAGAUCCACUCACAACCAUACAUAUGCAGCUCCGAAGGAGGAGGAGAAUCCCUACCACAAGAGCCAACACUGUUCCAAAUACACAUCCCUAGUUAAGCUAAUUGAAGAUUCAACUAUACAUAUUUUUACAACUGCAAGUAGCUUGGGGAAGAUAGCCCUCUACAUUGCAGGUAACCCUAUUUAUACACUUUAUUUAUAUUUAUUGCAUUGCUAGAUAUACUCUACUAGAUAUACCAGAUACUCUAAGCUAAUGGCUAGACAAAUAAGUGGAUGGGCUAAGGGUUCCUCGAGACUCACAAGCCAGCAAUUGGGCUAAUGAAACUCUACAAUAACUUUAGGCUAAGCGGACAAACUGUAUGACAUUCACGAGAAUAAAGAGUUCAAAGAAAGUGUA